AUAAUAGUUAAGUCAUAAAUUCAUAAUGCUGAUAUCACUGAUCAAUGGAUCGAUGGUAGAAGUAAAUGCGUCGAUGAUGGAGGACACAUCUCCAGUCAUCGACCCUAUCCUAACAUCGAAUGAGACAAAUUACACAGACAAAAUGUCUAAUGAAAAGCUGAAAGUGCUCUACGAAGCUUACAGGAUACGGGAAAUGGACCAUCUGACAGUGUACCGGUCGGUGGCCUAUGUCCUCGGAACUGUGAUUAUAUUGAGUAAUCUAACUGUGGUCAUAUCCAGUGGACUCAUUUUGAGAAAAGGUCAGCAGCCAAAAAGCACUUAUUUGUUGUUAGGUAACGUCUCGCUGGCUGAUACCAUCAUCGGGCUGACCCUCAUCAUAGACGCCGCGGCGCAUCGCGUUGUAGCUACUGAUGCCAUGUGUUUAUUUCAAAUUGGUAUGUUCGUGUGUCCAACGAUGGUGUCCAUAUUCAGUGUGGGUUUCAUUGCCAUUGACCGGUACAUUUACAUCAUCCAUGGAUUGUAUUACCAGAGAUGGAUAAACACUACCAGAGUCAGAAUCGGCAUUCUCAUUAUUUGGCUUGUUGGUCUGAUACUGGGUUUCAUGCCAGCAACCGGAUGGGUCAACCAAGAACUGAAAGGCACGCAAGGACCACAUUGCGCUUACAUAUCUGUGUUUCCAGGAGGGCUAAUUCUCAUUAACUCUAUUCUUAGUACUAUACCAAUUGUAGUUGUAGUCGUGCUGUAUGUGAAAAUACUAAUUCGUGCUCUAAAAAACCUUACAAAUAUAAAUAACGCCAAGAAACAAGUCUAUGUGAAAUCUAAGGACAGAUUGAGAGUCUAUUUGCCCGCCAGGCCACACCACCCGGCCUGGUCGGAGGAUCCUCCCUUUGCAUGGGGAUGCGCCACACACCUCCAGCAUCUCCAUAAAGGCAACAAGUUGGGCAGCGAAAGUCCUUCUGUAAAAUUUACAGACAAAAUUGAUAAAACAAUCCACAGAAGAAGUUCCAUGCCAGAUUUACAUCGCAUCAAAAAUACCAAAGUUCUAGUGACUACUUUAGUGAAGUCUAAAAGCAUUGAAGGGCUCAAUUCAAGUGAUGAUAAUAACACUAGCUUUGAUAGUGAUGAUACGAGUAGAAGAGUGACUGAUGACAAUGUAGAGAAUCAAGAAAACUACUUUAAUUCAAGUAUAACUGUGCCUGUCUUAUCAUCUCUAAAAUCAUCUCCUAACAAAGUUAAACAAAUGUACAAUCGAGUGACCAAAACCAUAACUGGCGAUUACAAAUCCAAAGACCCACGAAGAUUGAGGGCUGUAGUCAUUGUAAUGCUCACUUCUGGUAGUUUUAUGGUUACAUGGUUACCGUAUUUUAUAGUUGUCGGAUUCUAUGUGUUUUGCACAAACAAAAUUGGAAAUCCAAAAUGUAUCAGCCUGAAUGAUUUACUACGAGGACCGUUGUUAACUAUGGGAUUCCUGAACAGUAUUUUAAAUCCUUUAAUUUAUGCUUGGUGGCAUAAAGGUUUCAAAUCGGCACUGAAAUCUUAUUUUAAACAGCACUGCUCCAAGCAUAAAUCAUGACUUUGGUGAUUAUAUAACUAAUAAGAGCCUUUAAAUAAACAUAACCUAAUCUGUGUUACGUUAAUUAUUUGGAAAUACAAUUUCAUAUCCAUUAUCAUUGUAUUCAACAUCACCAGCCAACUUAUCAUCCACUGCUGAAGCCAGGCCUGUCCCAUGCCUCUCCCAAUAACUUUGCUUCAUGUCACAUUUGGUCAGCAUCUCUCAACAAC